GGGGCCUAACUACUUCAGCCUUUUUCUCCUCCUUCCCCAUCCUCCCUUCAUCCUCUAGCUUUAAAAGGAGGAUGAUUAGGUGGUCUAACCAGUAAAAUCUUCCUCCAACUCUUUUGUUUUCUGCAGCAAAUACAAACUCAGAAAGCUACACAUCAAUUUUUUACAGCAUUCCAAACAAUGAAAGGGAAACGAAUGGACAUUUUCUGUGUUUCUCCAGCUUCCACAGCCAUAUGUUCAAGCAUGGAACAGCGUUCCAUGGUCCGCCACAGCAUGAGACCCAUCGAUCGGCAAAACCCUCAUUUCCGAGACCGCCGGCGACACCAUCCUCCCAUCCCCUGCUCAUCCCAAGCUCCAAUCAAUCCCAAACCUUACAACAUUAAUCAAAAAGGUAGAAAGAGUUAUGCCAAGCAAACUGAUGUAAGCUGCAGGAAAAGCUCUACUGACAGAAAUGGCCUAACCAGCCCUCCCACUUCCUCCAGAUAUCUCUUGAGUGACAUGCACUUAAUCGAUUUGUCAUCGGACUCAGACCCCCUUUCAGCAUUGGUGCCUGCUCAACCGGCUGCUAGGCCUAAAGAACUGACCUCAAGAAAUGAUUCUCCUGCUUUGAGUUCUUCCUCCUCAGCUCGCUCUCGCGAUCAGGUUGUGGUUUUGUGGGUGUCACUGCACUGCAAGGGCUGUGAAGGAAAAGUGAGAAAGCAUAUUUCUAGAAUGGAAGGAGUGACAUCCUUCAGCAUAGAUUUGGAAACAAAGAAAGUGACUGUGAUUGGAGAUGUAACUCCUCUAGGGGUGCUUGCAAGUGUGUCAAAGGUGAAAAAUGCACAGCUGUGGCCAUCAUCAACAUCUCCAUCGUCAUUAAUAUCCCCACCUUACUCAACUUGAGUUACGCACAGAACAAAGUUCAUUUUUAUAAAUGAAAGGGUUUGUGACUUCAGCAGUAUCUGUAUAUGCAUGUGUGUGCGUGUGAAUGAUUUGAGGGUGUUUACUGAUUAAUCACUAGUCAUAUUUAAUAUGUAAUAUCGAAAAUUAAUCAUGAAACUAUGUUUCUACACCUAUCUAGAUGGUAAUUAAUUCUUCCAGCCGGCUGGAGCCUGUGUAGUUUGAAUGA